UCCUAGGUCAUCAACAAAAAAAGCCCUUCUAUUGGUGGCCAGCAGCACUCUGUCUCCUAAUCCGGUACACACAAGUUAUAUAAAAUGGUCAUCCAAUCGCACGCCACUCACAGAAACAACUAGUCCAGAGCUUGGAGGUCUACUUGUGUGGUUCAUCAGUUUCACCUGCAGCAUCAUGAUUGUUAUAGUGGACCUGCUGCUCAUGCUUAUAGACCUCACGUACUCCAUCAUUUCAGCUAUUAUCCAGACUUUUCUGCGGCCGCGACUGAAGUGCAUAGACGGGGAGCUGUGUCUGAUAACAGGGGCCGGGGGCGCCCUGGGUCGCCUGUUCGCCCUGGAGUUCGCCAAAGAGGGGGCCCAUCUGGUGCUGUGGGACUGUAACACGGCUGCCAACGAGCGGACCGCCGAGCUGGCGCGCGAGCUGGGAGUGAAGGUGCACGCGUACACGGUGGACCUGUCCAAGCGUCAUAGCAUCUACCAGGCGGCGGACCUGGUGAGGGCCGAGGUGGGAGAGGUGUCCAUACUAGUGAACAACGCGGGCGUGGUGGCCGGCCGGAGGCUGCUGGACUGUCCGGACGAGCUCCUUGAGAGGACUCUGCUCGUGAACUGCCACGCGCUGUUUUGGAUGACAAAGGCCUUCCUGCCUCAAAUGAAAGCAAAAAACUGCGGCCACAUAGUAACUGUUGCCAGCGCUCUCGGGCUCUUCAGCACUGCAUGUGUGGAGGAUUACUGUGCUAGUAAAUAUGGAGCUGUUGGUUUCCACGAGUCACUGACACAUGAGCUGCUAGCAGAGAACCUGGAUGGUAUCAAAACCACUUUGGUCUGCCCUUAUAUUGUAGACACAGGGAUGUUUGCAGGCUGCGAAAUCAGGAAGGAGAUUCAGACUUUGAUUCCACCUCUGGAGCCUCUCUACACUGUACAGCAGUCUAUGAAAGCCAUUUUAGGUGAACAGCAGAUGAUCUGCAUUCCUCGCCUUAUGUACAUCCCCUUCCUCACACGAGCAUUACUUCCUUGGGAUGCAAAUGUGGCAACCUAUCGCUUCAUGGGAGGUGACAAAUGCAUGCUACCCUUCAUCAAGAAUGUUGAACUGAAGACCUCCAAUGGCCUCAUCAAAUCCUCCUGAAAACUUUUAAUCUUAUUCAUUUCUGGACCUACACGGACACCAAAGGCUAACACUGUAUUUUUACAUGAUUUUGUCAUCUGAAGGGAAAGCCUACACUCUGAAGAGGGACUGUUAAUGGUUGAUGUGUUCCCUCGAAUGUUGUAUUGCACGCAUAUUGUCAUUUUGGAGUUUUAAAUGAUCACAUCUUAAAAACUACAUCUUAUUCAACAGAAUUUCCUCUUAUUGAUUUACCUAUAAACUAGAGGUCAAAAGUCAGAUGCACAAAGCCAGAUAUCUUCAUGUUAAUACCACACAGAGGAAAGAGACUGCAAAGAUAACAGAUCUAUACAAGUGCCUCUUUUUAUUCACAUGGACAAACAGUGCAGAAACAAAGACCAGACAUGAAUAAACCUACAGGAAACAUGCAACAGAAAAAAAGGAUUAAGCAUUAUGUCUGAACCACAGACCUAAUUAUCAUAAAAAGGAAUUCAAACAUACAAAAGAAGCGCUAAAGAAAUCCCUCCCAUGUGAUUCAGAUCUUCCACAAUACUGCCCAAAUGUAGCUCUGCUGCGGUUAUUGAAAUAAACUGAUUGUAUGUACGUUGAUAUCCAAAUCCUUUCUUUGUCUCGCCACACAGCAAACAAAAGGC